AUGUCACCGUCUCUGCCAUUAAACAAAGUAGUCACUCAUGGUCAACUAAGGAUUGGAUUUGUGGCUGGUCAUUCGGUGAUUCCAAACUCAGACCCUGACGCUCUACUCAUCACAGCUCGCCAGCUCGAUGUCGACAUGCUCAUCUGGGGAGGGUCUCAUCGUGUAGAAGCAUAUCAAUUAGAGGGCAAGUUUUUCAUCAGUCCUGGCAGUGCUACGGGUGCUUUCACAACCGGCUGGCCUGAAGAAGACGUCGACGACGAAACUGACGCUGCCAACGGUGCUGACGUUGACAACACCGACGACCAUACAACCGAGUCCAACGGAACAAACUCGACCAAACCUCCCACUUCCACUGACAACGACGGUCAAACGACGACAACCAUAGACUCCGACAAUAAAACCGGCGAUAACGACGACGACGCUGACGACGACGAGCACCUGGACUCUACGACACCCAGUUUCUGUCUGCUCGACAUUCAGGGCUCGGUCUGUGUCCUGUAUAUUUAUAGUCUCAUCGACGGCGAGGUCAAGGUCGACAAAGUCAGCUACCGCAAAGACUCGCCCUAA